AUGCCUCCCAAGCGAGCCAACCCCUUCAAGAGUCAGCUCGCGUUUGACGCACCACAAGGUCAAGAAGAUACGAUAAACAGCCAAAGCAUGAAGGCACAAGUCCUCGCUGUGCCGGCGCUGCUCGCCGCCUCGGCUUAUGCCGAGUGUGCUGCGGAUAAUUGCCUCCGCGCUCUGCGGGCGACACAGACCCCCGGCCGUCUCGAGACUGCUCGGGCGUUCUGCGCUACCUUUACCGUGUCGGCCGUUGCCCAGACGGCUAUUCCCACUUUCGCCCUCAACGGCUGCAAGGACAACCAGAAUGCGCUGAUGUCGGCCCGUAUCUCGAGCGCCUGCUCGUGCAUCGCGACGACGACGACCUCGGUGACCUCGGCCCCGCCGACUGGUCAACCUACUGGAGCUUGCGCCAGUGUGAGCAGCUCGUGGGCUGCCCAAGUCGCGGCCAAUCCCAGCGCCACCCCCACUGUUGCGGCUUCCCUCGCCAAUGACUGCCUCAAGUCAGUGCCUCUGGGCAAGCAGGCUGCCAUCGAGCUGGUUGAGGCCAUGGAGCCCUACCUCGAGUGGCAGAGCGAUGCCGCCUACAAGGCUGCUCCUCCCUCCGACUACUUCUAUCCGGCGUACGACCUGUUCAAGGCCCUAGCUGAUGUCAAGGCCAAGCUUGAGGGGGACAAGUACGACAGCGAGUACGCCUUCCAGGCCGACCUAUACGCCACUGUCUUCGGACCCGGUCACGACGGCCAUUACGUCUUCUAUCCGGACCUACUGACCAAGGUCUUCGACUUCAACCGCCAGCGAUCGCUCGUCUCGGUCAGCGAGGAUGGCACGUCCCUGCCCGUGAUCAAGAUCUACGAGGAUGUCUUGUCUUCUCCGUCUACGGCCUCUGCCGUGACUAAGAUCAACGGCAUUGACGCCGCCAAGUAUGUCGAGGACGUCAUAUUCACGGCCUCGUUCAACCAGGACGCCGAUGCUGCGUACAAUACCAUGUUUUUCGAGAAGGCUUUCCCGCCCGCCGGUGCUGGCAAAGGCUACUUCAGCGGCGGUGGCCGUAUCCGAUUCAUCUACCAGGGUGCCAACACUACCUUCACCUUUGCCAACGGCACCGAGGCCACCUUUGAAAACUACGCCCGUGUCAAGACGUCCCUUGCAGGCAUCACGGACGGCGCGUCCAUGUAUCAAAAGUUCUGCAGCCCUUCCGCAUCAGCGACCGUCGCGGGCAGGAUCGGCGCGCCAGUUGGCGCCGCUGCGGCCGCCGACGUCGUGGGCUACCCGCCCGCAGUCAUCAGCACCGAGGACGGCAUUGUCUCUGGCUACUACCUGGAGGGCGAUGGGCUCGACGAUGUUGCUGUUGUUGCCCUGCUCGCAUUCGAGAACGACUCACCGGUCGAGUUCCAGUCCGUGCUGCAAAAGUUCUUUGCUCAGGCUGUCAAGGAUGGCAAGAAGAAGCUCGUUAUCGACUUCUCCGCCAAUGGUGGCGGCUAUAUCCUGCAAGGAUACGACUUCUUCCGGCAGCUGUUCCCCGAUGUAGUGCAGGACGGCUACUCGCGCUGGAAGGAGAACGACGGCUUCAUGACCAUCUCUCGCGUUGUAUCCGAUGCAGUCGCCUCCAUCAACCCCAACACGAGCUCCGACUCGCAGCUCAUCAACGACUACCUAUCGUGGUUCAAUUGGCGGUACGACCUCGACAUCAACGACCAGCCCUUUACCUCCUUUGAGGACAAGUUCGAUCCGCACGUUUUCAAGAACACGCCCUACACCGAUCUCAUGCGCUGGAAUCUCUGGGACCCGCUGACCACCAAGAAUGCGACCUUUGGCAUCGGCAUCGACAUUACGGGUUACCGCUCCUUGGCCAACGCCACCGCCCCCUUUGCUCCCGAGAACAUCGUCAUGCUGCUCGACGGCUUCUGCGCCUCGACCUGCACCCUGGCCGCCGAGAUGCUCCGCCUGCAGGGCGGCGUCCCCUCGAUCGCCAUGGGCGGGCGGCCCAAGGCGGGCGGCAUCCAGGGCGUCGGCGGCAUCAAGGGCUCGCAGGUGCUGCAGUGGGCCGACAUCAAACGCUACGUCGACGACGCGCACAAGCGUGCCACGACCGACGCCCAGCGCGCCGCCUUGUCGCGCUACUCGGACCUGCCCGUGAACCGGUCCACGGCGGCGGCGGUCAACGUGCGCGAUCAGAUCCUGCGGGGCAACGUCCAGGACGGCCUGCCCGCGCAGUAUGUCUACGAGGAGGCCGACUGCCGGCUCUACUGGACCGAGGCGAUGGUGGGCGACGUGCGCGAGGUGUGGAAGGCGGCGGCCAACGCGGCGUUCAAGGGGGCCAAGUGCGCGCACGGCGGGAUCAAGCGCGACGCAAAGAGGUCGGAGCAGAGAGCGGCCGAAGUGGCCAGGAGGUUCGUGCCGGUGCCUGUCCGGGAGGUCAAGCGGGAGGACAAGAGCACUCUGCUGAGGAAGCGCGAGGUUACUGUGGAGGAGGCGCAGAACUUCUUGGCUAGGCACGAGCAAGUUGCUAUUCCUUGA